GAGUCUGUAGUAGGUGCAUAUAAAAACUAUGUGGCUACAGAUAGACAUACACGUACGCUUUGCUAGAUGUUGCUAUCGUGUGUAUUUUGAAUUCAGCGUGGAUCUCCUUAUAUCAUAAAAAAUAGAAAUAAAUAUACAACCCCAACCCCUUAAUAAAAGCCAAAAUGCCGAGUCAUUCUUUUAAUAAUCGGUGCCCCUAAUAUUUUGGAUCCGUGCGGUAACAUUUUUUUUUUUUUACAUUGCUUGUGCAUAAACAGGAAACAAACAACGACAGCGGGGUUUUCAGUCUUCAUCAUAUAUCAAACUUUUGUCAAUAUAUCAGCCGAGCAAACGACCGUGUUACAUCGUUAUUUUAUUGACAAUAAAUUGACAGUGUGCUCACCUAGUGCACCAUCGGAAGCCGUAUUAUGAGACGUAUAUACGUAUUUGUCUUUUCCCGAUUAAUUCACUGUCAUUUAAAAUUAUUUUUAUACAGACACCAGCGACAAGUUUCAUUGGACAAAUUUAGCAGCGAUGCUGGGAGUACUGUCGAUAUAUGAUGGUGGUUUGAAUGGAGAAUUUUAGCAUAUCCAACAAGACUCUGGGGAUUUUGUCGAUAAAAAAGCUGCUGACUUAACUCAGAAAACACCAUAUGUUACCGUGGAAGGCGAGAAUAAUUGUACAUUACUACACGAAGUGUGCAGCUUCCCGCCAAAGACUUUGUAAAAAUGACAAACUCGCGCGUGUGACAGACUUGCGUGCAAACAAUCUCUUUAGCAAGGAUUAUUCACUAUGAUCUGAUAAAAGAAUGUCUGCGAGCUAUUGUGUGCGCUUCAAAUACUUCCAACGCACCGAGUCGUCAGGAAAAUUUAGCGCCUUCACCUCUAAUUCCAAUCCAGAUUGAGACUGGUGUUAUCCACAUGGAAUUUUUCUGAAACCUGUCCUGUGGUCAGGAUAUUGACGGUGACUUGUAAAUGACGUCACGUUUGUUGUUUCCUUAUUCGAGCUGACAGUCACACUCUGAACGUUUAACAGCGUAGCUUGGUGAACACGUUGUGUUUUACGACUUUUUGUGGGAAAAAGAUUGUCGCUCCCAUUUUAAUCAUUGUAUUACUCAAUACGCCCAGGAUGCAUCAAAUAUGAUAACUAUGCUAAGCAAAUAGCGGCGGAAUGCAAAACAAAUAAUCAAGAAAAGAAACGAUUUUUUUUUCUAAUUGCAGAUGUCUAUCACGUUGGCAACACGCAAGCGCACUAGUGAUUCUGGUGUCACGGUGAAAUAUACACCCUGUGCUAAAACAGAUGACCAUACAGACGAGGAACAUGCGGAUGGAGAAAUAGCCGUGAUCAACAAAGAGAAGAAAUCGGUACCAAAUGAUGAGCACAAAUAUGAAAAGAUGGCAAAGCAAACAGCGAAUGGACCGCGCCAUCUUCCAUCAAAUCCUGGCGUCUUUAACUCGUCCACCACCCAUUCUCGGUGGCGUAUCGUGGGAGACCGAAUGAGUUCCUCAAGCUUGACUGGUAGGAUCAGUUUAUCUUCCCCAGCCUACUCCAACAAAACCGUGGAACAGAAGUCACGGUCUACGUCUAAAAAUAGCCUGCUUGAUCUAUUUGGGACACGCUUAGACAGAAAAGGUCGUUCGAAGAGCUUUGCAGCGCGUGGUGAUUUACAACUUCUGAAAAAAGUUCGCUCCGGGGAAAUUAUUACACCAAGGGAACUGCGGAAACAGCGAAAAAAAGAUAUCGAAGAAAGAUUCGGGAAAAAGAGCCAUCGAGUGGAUAAAUUCGAAACUCUAACCAAUGCAACAGACCGUGACGGAUGUAACUGGACCUUUGUGUUCGACCCUUCCGGUCGCCUCGCCUAUUGGUGGUCAUCUAUUGUCAGUAUUGCAUUUUUAUACAAUUUUUGGGUAAUCAUUUACCGAUGGGCAUUUCGUGAAAUAGAUAGUGAGAAUUUGGCAAUCUGGUUUACGCUUGAUUACACAGCCGAUCUCUUGUACAUCUUGGAUGUGGCCUUCCACUUCAGGACGGGAUAUCUCGAGGAUGGUGUCUUACAAACGGACACGACUAAACUCCGUUUACAUUACACAAAUAGCACUAUCUUUUACAUUGAUUGUUUAUGUCUGUUACCUUUGGAUUUUCUUUAUCUCUCCAUCGGAUUUUGCUCAAUUUUACGUUGUUUUCGACUUGUUAAAGUUUAUAGAUUCUGGACAUUUUUAGACAGAACGGAACGUCAUACUAAUUAUCCAAACGUUAUGAGGACGGCGACGUUAAUGCAUUACUUGUUGGCUCUGUUUCACUGGAACGCUUGUCUGUAUUACAUUGUUGCAACGAAACUAGACCAAGAUUCCAAAACAUGGGAACUUCCGAAAGACACCAGCGACGUGUUUCAAACGUACUUACAUGGGCUGUAUUGGAGUACUUUAACACUCACUACGAUUGGUAAUUUGCCAACUCCGGCAACCAAUCGCCAGUACGUUUUCAUAAUAUUUGAAAUGAUUUUCGGCCUUCUUCUGUUUGCUACCGUCUUGGGACAUAUUGCUAAUAUUGUGACGAACAUAAGUGCAGCCAGAAAAGACUUCCAAGCAAAGCUGGACGGGGUGAAGACGUAUAUGUCUCUACGACGGGUACCGAUCCGCCUCCAGGACCGGGUCAUUAAGUGGUUUGACUACCUGUGGUACUGUAACAAAUCAACGGACGAAGAAAAAACACUGGUCCUUCUACCAGACAAACUGAAGGCCGAGAUCGCCAUCCACGUCCAUCUAGACACACUCAAACGUGUGGAAAUCUUCCAAAACACGGAUGCCGGAUUUUUAUGCGAGCUCGUACUGCGCUUAAAACCCGUCCUCUUUUCUCCGGGCGACUAUAUAUGCAGAAAAGGAGAAGUUGGCAAGGAAAUGUAUAUUGUCAACAGAGGAAGGUUACAUGUCGUGGCAGACAAUGGAAAAACGGUGCUCGCUACUCUGAAACCCGGAAGUUAUUUCGGGGAAAUCAGCAUUCUUAACAUGGGUACUUCCGGUAACAGAAGGACGGCUUCCGUGCGCUCUGUAGGGUACUCGGAUUUGUUCCGACUAUCGAAACAAGACCUCUGGGAUGUUUUGAAAGAAUACCCUGCAGCUCGAGUCAAACUUGAAGCAAUAGCUGUUAAGAGACUGGAGAAAACGAAGAAGAUACCCAUUGAAAAAGCAUUGGCAAGAAGCAAAAGUACGCCGGGACUUGUAGAGUCAUCCGGGAAAAUUCCAUUAGAAGCAAUGAUGAUUACUCGUCACCAUACACUUCCGGCUGGUCUUCCAAAACAGUCAUCCUCCAGUGGUGACGAAGCGACUCACGAUGACAAUUCCUCGGAAACGGGUGACAAUGCUCAUGCUGAAACUACUGCUGAACAGAACUCAGUACAAAAUGAAAACUGUGACGUCUACAAUGUGGGAACGAUGACGUCACCAGACUCUCACACGGGAGGCACGCCACCUACCCGGUCCUUUGGACUUCCAGGCUAUAGUCCGCCGAUCUCACACAGAAGCCUGUGCCAAACUCCGAACAUACCGACCGUCAGUGCGGCCACGCCAGUCCUUACAAACGCCAGCGGAAGUUCUGCGCAAUUAUCGCCCCUGAAUUUUACCUAUAAUCAUACAUAUCCGUUUCAAAACCAUCCCCAACAAAUUAAUUUUUUGUCUCCGUAUUGUGUGUCAAAUACAAUGAAUCCCCUCUCUUCGCCGAGUCUUGCCACAAGUCGAUCAGAUAACCUAUCAUCCUCCCACAUAAACUUGUCUCCACAGAAUCACCCCCAGUCGACCCUAGUUCCUGUGUCCCCUGGGUAUAACAUGUCCAGCUACGGCUCUGUUAGUCCACAGAGUUUUUCAUACGAUACACCUAAUGACAUUCUACUAAAAGAAAUCAACACUCUUCGAGAACGACUUGUUUCUCUGGAAUCGGAAAACGCCACAAUGACAGCCAAGCUAAACAGACAGCAGUGGGAUGUAGAACACAGGCUUUCUGAACUGGAACUCCAGAUUUGUCAAAGUUCGAGUCAGGCGAGCACGGCUAGUCAUGACGAACGAUUCGAUGCUGUCAACAGAGAAUCCAUUAUUUAGCAAAGUCUGAACUAGCGAACCAUUGAUUGAGGUCAUUCCAUACAACUUCUGAACAUCUUACAUCUUAGACUAUAUAUAUAUAUAUAUAGAUAUGUUAAAUAUUCAGCAGCCGUUCCUCGCUCUCUCAUCAGUUAAGGGGGAUUCGGAGUUUAGCUGUUGAAAUGUUUUUUGUUUUUUGUUUGUUAUUUAACGCGCAAAACUGCCUUUUGCAAAUUAAAUGAAAACUUUGAUGUAGAUUUUUUAAUGGUCACAAGGUAUGAUUCGUCAUCGACGUGUUUCAAACAAAAAUUUACACGCAUGUUCCACUUAGUAACUCAAGAAUUUUGACUUUGUGAUAGCGGUUGUGAAAUGAUGCUUUUAAAAAUAUAAUUACCUCUAAAUUAUUGUGAUCUAAAUAAGAAAUAUUAAAACGUUAUAAUUUUAUAGGUAAAUCCUUAUAGAUUCUGCGUGCAUGUAUGGUGAAUGACAACAGCCAUGUAGACCGUGCUGACAGACGGUGAUGCAAUAUGGUAUAUGGAUGAUGGACCAAUUAAAAACGGCUGCUAGAAAACGUGAAAAGUGUGCUCAAAAUGCAACAAAUAUAAGUUUGAUGUAAGGUCAUUGAAAUACCUAUGCCACAAUCUCUUUUCCUCCUAUGUAACGUCGGGCUGUGUAUCUACAGUAUGAAAAUGGCUAUCCAAGAUCAAAAUUUUGGGAAUAUUCUCCAUUCAGUUUGCGAGACAAGUAUAGCACUGUGUAAUAAUCGUUUCUAAUUUGCGUACAAGAAGAUCACACUUUAUACAGUAGUUUGGGAAUAUUCUACACAUGCCUGUUUUCCCUCUUGUUUUGGUGAUUGUGAGAAGUUGAUCAGUAGUUGUUUGUCUUUACUAAAUCGUUAUAUGACAGAUCAGGUAAAACACGGUUAUAUCCAACCUCCAGAUCCAGUGAAAAAAACUUCGUUAUAACCAAAUUUUAUUAUAUAUCCAAUACAAUUUUCGUUAUUGUCCUCUCAUAGGGGAAUAAAUAUUACUUCACAGUAAGCAUAUAGUACGUUAUGUAAAAGGUUGUAAUCGAUGUUUCUAUUGCCAUCCUUUUUGUUCUUUCGAUAAUCGCCCGAUAUUUAAUACCAAUUUUUACAUAUAUUUCAAUUUCUCACAUAACAUAAAUAUAUGAUAUCAUGAGGAGAUAACUCUGACAAAUCGUAUAUUGUGACCUUAAAAAAGACCAUAUCGAGAUAUUCAUCCACAAGGGUCCAAAAGACGUCAUGUAGCUUAAAUGAACGAUAUUAUAUAUGUCUCUUCAUUAGCUACUGAAAACUGUACUUCUUGUUUGAUUCUGUUGAAGUUUGUUGAAGAUUGUUAUAUUUACUAUGUAAAUAUAUAACUUGGUUCACAGAUAAUUGUUAUUUUCC